UUUUCCCGGGAAUGCAGGUCACCCGGCCACCGGCCACCAUCACCGCGUCUACUUCCCGUGCAGACCGAAGCUCCUCCCUCCUGCCGUCCGUCCUCACUCGGUCAGCUCCAGGGCUUGUGCUUCCUGCUGCCUUCCUGCUCUUCACCACCCGACAAGCCUGACAUCAAGACCCCGAUGGCUAAUGAAGCUAACCCUUGCCCAUGUGACAUUGGUCACAGGCUGGAGUAUGGUGGCAUGGGCCAGGAAGUUCAGGUUGAGCACAUCAAGGCAUAUGUCACACGGUCCCCUGUGGAUGCAGGCAAAGCCGUGAUUGUUGUCCAGGAUAUAUUUGGCUGGCAGCUGCCCAACACCAGGUAUAUGGCUGACAUGAUCGCUGGAAACGGAUACACAACUAUUGUUCCAGACUUCUUUGUGGGGCAAGAGCCUUGGGACCCAUCUGGUGACUGGUCCACUUUCCCUGAGUGGUUGAAAUCAAGAAAUGCCAGAAAAAUCAAUCGAGAGGUCGAUGCUGUCUUGAGGUAUCUGAAACAACAGUGCCAUGCCCAGAAGAUUGGCAUUGUAGGCUUCUGCUGGGGGGGCAUUGUUGUGCACCAGGUGAUGAUGACAUACCCAGAAGUCAGGGCGGGGGUGUCUGUCUAUGGCAUCAUCAGAGAUUCUGAAGAUGUUUAUAAUUUGAAGAACCCAACCUUGUUCAUUUUUGCAGAAAAUGAUGCUGUGAUUCCACUUGAGCAGGUUUCUGUGCUGACCCAGAAAUUGAAAGAACACUGUAAAGUUAAUUACCAAGUAAAAACCUUUUCUGGGCAAACUCACGGCUUUGUGCAUCGGAAGAGAGAAGACUGCUCCCCUGCUGACAAACCCUACAUUGAGGAGGCUCGGAGGAAUCUCAUUGAGUGGCUGAACAAGUACAUUUAACACCACUUAAGCAUAAAACAGCUGUUAUCAAAAUUUGCCUGGAAAUAAUUAACCAUGAUCUCUUUAUGUAAAAUAUAGGAAUCCUAAAAUUCUUCUGAAACAUAAAUACAAUAGAAACUAAAUAAAUGCUCAAUACUUAUAGAACUCAAAUGAUAGCAUAACUCUUAAUUAUUAGGCGAAUCUGGGGUCAUCCAGGGACCAGCUAGACUCUCAGAUAUGGCCUUAAACUGGUAGUGAACACUGUUAAGGCAAUUCAUAUACAAAGCCAGGAGGAUCAUGAGUUGUUAAGUAAGUAGUUUAUGGGCUUUGGUGACUCUGGGGAGCAGUGUUGAAACUUAGUUCCUAGAUCCAAUUAUUCAACCUAAUAAAGUGAUAUUUUAAAUUUGUGAA